GAUCAUUUCCGUUCUGCAUUUAAAAGAAGCAUCACAGCCAAUACAAACAAACAUGCAACUGAAGAUCACAGAUGAUUGAGCACAAUUAAGUUACAUUUUCUCAUCAAUUUUGAUUUCACUGUAUUAAGUAAGGUGACUUUUCUCACAUUUAUAAUUUUACUGUGCUAAUUUGAACCUGGCUGCUACAUAUAACCACAUGACCAAAAUAGUGCCUUUUAAUAAGUCCUUUUUUUAUGCAAAUGAAUUGGAAUUAACCCACAGGAUAUCACGUGCUCUUUUACUGUGACAUACUUUGCCACAUAUUGGCCUCACCUACUAAAACAGAGUCUCAAAUAGCAGAGGACUACAGAGUAGAGAAACACACAGACACACAUCAUUUCCAUGACCAAGUGAACAAAAAAUGUCUCAGCCUAUUUAUAGCAAUAUAAACACUGAUGGAACACGGGAGAUGGAGAGGGUCAAGACAAACCAAACAGGAAGUGAUAGUGUGAAGAUCAGAAGCUCCAGAGCAGCUCUAGUGUGUUUGGUGCUGCUGUGUGUUCUUCUGCUGACUGCAGUCAUAGUGCUGUGUGUCCGCAUCCAUACAAACAGCACAAACUACACAGAAGAGACACACCAGUUACUAACUACAAUUACCAACCUGACAGAGGAGAGAGACCAGCUAAUAACCAAGAUCAACAACCACACAGAAGAAAGAGUCCAGCUACUAACCAAGAUUACUAACCUGACAGAAGAGAGAGACCAACUACUAAACAAGGACAUAACCUUGACAAAUGAAAGGGAUGGAUUAACCAAAAACAAUUACCAGACUAAACAAAGAGACCAGUUCAAUCAGGAGAGAAACGAACUGUGGAAGAUGCUCAAUGAAAUGGAUGGAUUUAUUUAUCAGUCCAGUUUUUACUAUAUGUCUGCUGAAAAGAAGAGCUGGACUGAUAGCAGAAGACACUGUACAGAGAGAGGAGCAGAUCUGAUCACCAUAAACAACAGAGAGGAACAAGAGUUUGUUAAAACGAUUUCUGGUAACACUGGAGUCUGGAUUGGUCUGACUGACAGUGAUGUGGAGGGCAGAUGGAAAUGGGUUGAUGGCUCCAACAUGACCUCUGGGUUGUGGAUGUUUGGAGAACCAAAUGGAUAUGGAAAAGAGAACUGUGUUGUGUUAUAUCCAUCAGGGUGGUAUGAUUAUCCAUGUAAUGAUGCUUUUAAAUGUAUCUGUGUGAAAAAUAUUUUUUUUAAAAAAAGGAGCAAUUAAAUUAAAUAUAUUUUACAUCCGUAACUACAAUAUGUGAAAUGUGUUGUAUAACUGAGUCAAGUUUCUUAA